AUGAAGAUCCUCUGUCUUCAUGGAAAAGGCACCAGCGGUGCGAUAUUUCGAUCCCAGACCUCAUCAUUUCGGGCGCAGCUCGCCGACAAAAACAUCGAGUUCGAUUUCCUCGACGGCCAUGUCGAUGAUGGACCCGCAGCCGGCAUCGAUUUGUUUUACGAACCCCCAUACUACUCAUGGUGGAGCGGCGACGGAGUUGAAGCCACACGGCAAGCCUGCAGCCAGAUAAACGAAUACAUCACAAAAAACGGCCCCUACGACGCCGCAAUGAUGUUUUCGCAGGGCUGCGUCCUGGGCUCGAGCCUCCUCCUCUUCCACCAGGAAGAAACCCCCCACCUACCCCCUCCAUUCAAGACGGCCAUCUUCAUCUGCGGCGGUGCCUCGCUAAACGUCCUCGAAGAGCUGGGCUUCCACGUCUCAGCCGAGGCACGUGAGCGCGAUCUCAACUCGCGGGCUGCGUUGGCGCUGCAGGCUGGCUCGUCAGCUGUUUUGGCUCAGGGUGCUAAUCGAUGGACUGGGCUUAAAUCUCUUGAUGGAGGGCUUUCUGAAGAGCAAUUGCAGGCUGAGAUUGCUAGUCCUUUCCGUAUUGAUAUCCCUACUGUUCAUGUUUAUGGCACGAAGGAUCCGCGGUAUGCGGCUGGUGUGCACUUGUCUGGUAUUUGUGAGGCUGAGAAGCGCAGGUGCUAUAACCAUGAUGGUGGGCAUGAGAUCCCGCGCCGUGGAGAGGUUAAUAGGUCUUUGGCGGAGUUGGUAGAGUGGGCUUUGGAUCAGGCUACGAGAUAG